AUGACGGACUACUACGAAACCCGCCAGCCUUACAGGGGCGAUCUAGCUGCGGAAGAAGAUGCCAUGCGGCGGACGAUGACACGAGGCUCCCAUCAGAGCCAGGCGAGUGUCAGUACGGGUUCAUGGGUCGCACAGAACCAGCUAUACCCACCAGGACCACCACCGGAGUCAUCGAGAUUUUCUGCUGAUUUGACUCCCCUACGUGCCCCAAGGCCGUUACCAGUGCCCGAAUCUCAAUUGUAUCAGUCGCGGACCGCAUUUCAAUAUGCUGGGACGCAAGAGGAGGAAGAAGACUACAUGACUGCUCAACCACAUCCUGAAAGGCAAUUUGCGUAUCGCCAACAACACGAUGAUGUUCAGCGUAGGGACGAGGCAAACAUGAACGUUAUUCCUUUACCAACCUCGCCAACACCGGGUUCACCGCUGAGUUCACCCAAAGCUCGACCGGGUCGUUCCUUAAUGGGAGGUUUUUUCAGCGGUCUCAAGCGUCUUCCAAAGCUUGUUUUGAAGGGAGGAGGCGAAGAGAAGCGACAAUUGAAACACAAAGGGACAUUUAAUACGGACGAGGGGACAUCGACGAGUGUUACGGGUAUGACGAGGGGGAAUACUCUUCCUCGCUAUCUGUCCAAUCCAUCGAUCAGACCUUCCAAUCCCCAAUUUGCUCAUCGGUUGAGUAUGGCUGUCGCCAAUGGCUCGUUACCUCCUGGUUCUACGCCCGCAACAGUUUAUCACCUUCGAACAAACACUGCCGGACCGCAAUUUCCUAUCGUGACUAUCACCCCAGCUUCUGGGUCUGAAGGAAUAGCAGAGGAAGAACAGGCACAUUUCUAUGACGGACCUCCUGGAAUCGAACCUCAUCAAUCUAUGUACAGAGAGGAUGCGGAGUACGACAGGCAUAGAUUGAACGACAGAACGACGGUUAUGAUGUACAAUACGGAUUCUCAAGCGCCUAGCAGGACGCAGUCUGCAUCUGUACCGCCUCCUCCGAGACAGCCCACGCCAGGGCCACGGGUUUCAUACCAGACUCAGUUGCCAACUCGUGCUAAUAGACAGGGGUCUCAGACCGAGCAAGGACCUUCAAAUGGCCCCGUAAAUGCUGCACCUUCAGCCCAUACUGGGAUUCUUAACAACACUACUCAACCCUCCGCCGCCAUGACGAACUCAAUGAUGCCAGGGGAUGUCCUCUCAUCACCUCGCUCGCCAUCGAGUUAUACGAUAUCGGCUGUGCCUUCCCUUUACGACCCCUCUUUUGCUUCUGAUCUCACACCUAUCGAAAAGUUCUUCAAAGGUCUGUAUAAUCUUCCUUGGAUUGCACAGGAGCGCGUGACGAUCGAUUACCGACCUGGUGACUCGGAUCGCGCUAGGGCAAAGGUGAAAGCGAUGAAAAAAACAAAGCCAAUGGCGUCUUGGUACCGCGCUGUUAUGUCGCGUAGAGGGAGUAGGGACCUUGAUCUGCUGAGCAGUGGCUCCCCUUCUUCUCCGCGGACAACUAUGAGCUUUGGAAAUACCUUAUCACCAAUAGAAUCUCCUAUUUCACGGGAGACGGGAAGGUGGCAGAACUUAGGCGCUCACAAUCACUCAAAGUCGAAACGUCAUCGACAGAAGCGACAUCGUGGAACUUGGUCGACAAUGAGGAGCGGCGAGGACGCGACGGGACGUGAGAAUGUGCCGUACAUGCCUCAACGGAGCACAAGUCCCAUUAUACCUACUAUGUAUCCCUAUGCAUAUCCUGGUCAUCCAGCGUAUGCACCGUACACUGCGUAUGGCAUACCAGCGGCAUACCCAGCUCCCAUGCCCGUACCACAUACUGUUCCGCGUGGACCGCGGAAACAUCGUUCGAAAAGCAAGAUGCACUCAAAUAAGUAUCACUAUGGAUAUCCACCGUACCAGCCUAUGACUCUGCCGCCUGUGGGUGCUAUGGGCCCUCCUCCUAUUUAUUAUAUCGCUCCUUCCCCUCCUCAAAAUCAGACAACUAUGCCGAGUGAUCCCAAUAUGACGCAGACGCAGACGCAAUCUCCUCCAGUGCAAGGACAUCCGCCUCCUCCAGGCACACUUCAGGUGUCGCCUGUCAUCAUGCAUUUUGUCCCCGGGGCAUUUGGAAAUCAAAAUCAAAACCAUAAUCUAAACCCUCGAGAUCCUGCUAUGCUUUCCCCUCCCCUGACACCUCAGCGACAGCGGGGUUAUGAUUCAUGA